AUGUCCUCAACAGCCCCACUUCCGAUCAGGGAACGAUGCGUUGACGCUGGCAGUGUUUUCUGUCAGUGUUCACGCUUUACUCCCUAUCGAGACGAAUCACAGUGGCAUACUCUAGACCAGUCCCGCUGUAUUUGCGGCCAUGGCAUUCACGCCCAUGCCGACUACCUCUCCCCCGUUGUCCACCAGUGUCCUGCCACUUGCUGUGUGGCCUUCGUUCAAAAGACACCCCAGACCCAGGAAUGCACGUGCACCGCGCUCCUCGUGGAUCACAAGGCUGUUGUGAACUUGUACCGCAUAGCCCCUGCCAUCACCAAUAACUGGGAACCUUAUGUAGGCACUUCCCAGAGCAUCGUACCCUCAUAUAGUAUGAAUGCGAGCAAUCCUGUCAUCCCUAUUUCAUCACCUAACACCGCUGGUGCCCUUCUACACAUUCAACCAGUUUCCGCUCAGGCGGAAAAUGUUGGUUUUGUUACGCAUCAUCUCCAGGGACUUGCGCCAGAUAGCAUUACGCCAAAUGCGACUUUCAGUAACCAUCCGGAUGCCGUUUACGAUACGACACCUAAUGCUGGAGUGUGGACGUGGUCGUACACGUAGCUGUCGAUAUUUCUCGGCAUGGCUACUGUUCUGCCAGGUUCUCCUCUUCCUUUACUCGGUAAGAAUCUGUUAUUGUAACCCUCUUUCAUCGUUAUAUCAUCGAGAUGGAUCUCAUGGGAGGUUGUCAUGGUCUUUUUCCAUUAUGCUUGCUGCCUGUUGAUUGGGUAUACGUUAUGAAUAUCGGUUUCAUCGUUUCUCGAAUUCUUCUAUCAUAUUAUCGCUUUGUUUUGUACUUGCU